AUGUCGGAGGACUCAGGCAUCACGGUCAAUACAAACCACGAUGGCGAACAGGGGCACCACGUUUCCAUCGGCCAAAAGAGCCCGCACGUCAUCCAAGAAGAGGAAUAUCCCAUGUCGCCGCAGCGACACACGGCAACGCCCAACCCCUUCAGCCGAAGAAACACGACAAUGGAUAUAGACGAUUAUUUUACGGGACCUCGCGACCUAUCUAAGCAUUCGAAAUGGCCUCUGUUCAUGCAGAUGCACGGCAGUAUCCUCCCCAAGAUGAUCGUCCCGUUGCUUGUCGUGGCUGCUUGGGCAACUCUCGUGACCGUUAUAUCAAAACUAGUCCCGAACGUCAACUUAGGAAUCAGUUCUAUCCUGCUUACCAUUACCGGUUUCGUCGUGGGCUUGGGUCUGUCUUUCCGUAGUUCGACCGCGUACGAGCGAUACGCUGAGGGCAGAAAGUAUUGGAGUCAGUUGAUAUUCACCAGCCAAGCGCUUGGAAGGGUGUUUUGGCUGCAUGCCGUCGAACGCGAGGGUUCCAAGAAGCAAGACAUUCUGGCGAAACUAACCGCCAUGAACCUGAUCGUGGCCUUCGCCGCGAGCAUGAAGCACAAGCUUCGAUUUGAGCCUUACACAUAUUACGACGACCUUGUAGAUUUGGUUGGUCACAUCGAUACUUUUGCCAAAGCCGCGACCGAGGAACACGAGAUGAGACCGAAGCCUGGGAUGUUCAAGGCAAUUGGAGAGAACCUCGGAUUAUCAUUCGCGGCAUCGAACCCGCGGAAAUUGAUGAAGAAGGCUCAGACCCCUCUUGGCAAUCUCCCCCUAGAGAUCCUCUGCUACUUGACGGCAUAUGUAGACGAACUAGCUAUCGGUGGGCAAUUGCCUGUCGGGAUGCAACAGACCGCUGCCUACAACAGUCUUCAAGCAUUGAACGAUGUCAUGGUCAACACGGAGCGUAUUCUCAACACGCCUCUCCCGAUCGCUUACGCCAUCGCCAUUUCUCAAAUCACAUGGCUUUACGUCUUUCUCCUCCCGUUCCAAUUACUUCUGGAGCUCGGUUGGAUCACAAUCCCGGCUACCGUUGCCGCAUCUUAUAUCAUUCUCGGCAUCUUUUUCAUCGGACACGAAAUUGAGAACCCCUUCGGCAACGACGUCAACGACUUGCCCCUGGAGCUCUUUUGCCAGCAGAUCGUAGAAGACAUGGAGACCAUCGCGGCGCGCCCCAAGCCGCGUCUCUCCGAAUGGGUCGACAACCCGAGGAACAAGGUCCUAUUUCCUCACAGCGAGUCAAACUAUAACGUAUGGGUGCAGCGACCGGAGUCGGCGAUCCGGAAUGCGCUGAGGAAUAAGCCAUACGCAAGGUUCGACAAAGCGGAAAAGAGCACGCAGAGUACGCAGAGCUCGAAGGGAGAACAGAACGUAUGA